AUGGCUCAAGACGACGCCACCUUCGGCGCUCCAGGCGGAGAACCAACACCUACGCCUGAAGCCGCGCCGCCAGAUUUCAUGAGCUCCGUCAUGGCUCGACUCGCUCGACAUGACGAAGUUCAAAAGACAACCAACGACCAGCUAGCUGCUUUGGUCGCAGCACUCACCGAUCCAAACGGCCAAACGAGCCGUCCCCAGAUGAUACGCCGUCGUCUAUUCAACACAAACCCAACGGCGACGGGUGGCGACCACAUCUCAGACGACUCGGAACCUAAUGAAACCCUUCUCACCGAUGCUCCCCUGAUAGGACCAGAUCUCGCAACCAUAAGCGAUAUCGCCAAGCUCAAACUCAGCUUUCAGCAAAUGAGCUCGAAGAUCCAUCAGGCUACUAGUGCGGCUCCACAAAUCGAGAGCAUACUCGCUGCAACCUCGCGAACCCCUUUUACUAGCGCACUAACCAGUGUGCAACUCGGGAAGAUAGAGAAGCUGCGCCUCCCUGAGUACAAGCCCGGAGGAGAUCCGGUGGAACACAUGACGGCUUUCAAUAUCGCGAUGGCACGUGCUCGACUCUCCGAUGAAGAAAGAGACGCAGGCUACUGUCAAUUGUUUGUCGAGACUCUCCACGAGCAGGCCCUGACCUGGUUCUCCCAACUAGAGGAGAACUCAAUCGGAAGCUUUCGUGACUUAUCAGCGGCUUUCCUCAAGACAUACAUAAUGUUCACAAAGCGCAGUGCCACUGCAUCUAGCAUGUAG